AAUAGCCCUGUCUGUCAUCAUAAUUCUAUUUAAUAUCUAAGGUUUAGGAUCACAUAAAUAAUAACGACAGAAACACGUACUCUAUGUCCAGAGGGAUGAUAGUAGUGUUUUGUCCCUAACCUGUUCUCCACUGUGCCAUAGGAAUCAUUUUUCAAUUAAUGGAUAUUAAAUUUUGAUAUUUCCACUUUACAUAUAACAAGUUCCGCUGUCCACUUUAAAACCAAGAAAGUGUUCAGGAUUUUUAAUUCCAAAAGUGGCAACAACAAGAAAGACAAUCAGAAGACAAGAACUUGACAACAUAUGGUACAACAUCUGAAGAAAAUGAAAUUCAUAAUUUUUCUCUGUUUUAUCGUUUCUAUAGCAGCCCAACAACAAAAUCAAAGACAAACGACAGGUUUUGGCGGAGGAAGACCAGGAGGCGGCGGUACAACUACCUUCGGUGGUGCAGGUGCUGGUGGGGGAACACAAAGAGGUUUUCCAGGAGGAGGUGGUGCUGGACCAUUCGGGGGUUUUGGACCACCAGGUGCACAAUUCGGAGGCGGUCCAGGUGGACGUUUUGGAUUUCCGGGGGGUCGUCCGGGUGGUCCUCCGGGUUCCCCAUUUGGAUUUGGUGGACCUCCAGGUUUUGGAGCCCCUCCACCCGGAUUUGGUGGUAGACCAGGUGGACAGUUCGGAGGCUUUGGAGGUCCAGGCGGCAGACCAGGUGGCCAGUUUAAUCCAUUUGGGGGUCCACCGGGUGGACAAGGAGGACAAUUUGGAAAUGGAGCUGGUACACUAGGAGCGUUUGGUGGAGAUGGAGGAGCUGGAAACUCAUUAGUUGGCACAGCAUUUGGAACUGGAACACCAGGAACAACAGGAACAACCACUCAAACAGGCACUCAAACAGGCACUCAACCAAGCACUCAAACAAGCACUACAGGUGGUGGAGCAAAUGCAUUUGGACAACAAGGUGGCGGUGCUGGACAGUUUGGCAAUGGUCAAGAUGCUUCACCUUUUGGUGGACAACAAUUUGGACUUCCACCGUUUGGUGGAAUGAAUGGACCUCCACCGCCAUUUGGACAAUUUGGUGGUCCUGAUAUGAAUCCAUUUGGUGGUGGUGGCGCUGGUAUGAAUCCAUUUGGCGGUGGCGGCGCUGGUAUGAAUCCAUUUGGCGGUGGCGGCGCUGGUAUGAAUCCAUUUGGUGGUGGCGGCGCUGGUAUGAAUCCAUUUGGUGCUGCUGGCGGUGGUAUGAAUCCAUUUGGUGGAGGGGCACCAACAGGACAGUUUGGAGGCGGAGCAGGUGCAGGACAGUUUGGAGGCGGGGCAGGUCUUGGACAAUUUGGAGGUGCAACACCUACAGGACAGUUUGGAGGUGGGGCAGGUCUUGGACAAUUUGGAGGUGCAACACCUACAGGACAGUUUGGAGGUGGAGCAGGUCUUGGACAAUUUGGAGGUGCGACACCAACAGGACAGUUUGGAGGUGGGGCAGGACUUGGACAGUUCGGAGGUGGGUCAACCACAGGGCAAUUUGGAGGUGGAAAUGCACUAGGAAAUGCUGGCGGAGCUGGGGCAGGGCUUGGAUUUGGAAAUGGCCUUAAUGUGGGAACUUUACCAUCAACAGGUCUGUUUACAGAAUUAGGUCAAGGUUCCACGUUAAUUGACCCAGUAACGGGUAACAGAGUACGACCCCUGACAAAUGAUGUAGCCAAUAAUGCUAUUGCAACACGAAGAGGGCAAACAGCACUCAGGCGAGGCGGUAGAGAUCCCAGGCAGGGUGUUACAGUGCAAAGAACAAGAGUAUUCCCAAGGCAAUUUACAAAUAGAAGACGAGUUUUAGCCACACGGCGGCGGAAUGCUUUAAGAACACGAACAGGCGCUGGCACCGGAACAGGAUUUCUUUUUCCAACAAACUCACUUUCAAUGAGUACAGUUGACCUUGCAAAUUUUGCUAACUUUGGCCAACCUGAUAUCUUUCCUGCGGGAAUUGCGAUGCAAGGAGAUAAUACUGCACCUACAGGACUUCAAAAUAUAAUGGGGCUUUCAGAGUUUGGUUUGCCAGCAAAUAGUGGACUUUCUUCCAAUUCAGACAUGACCUCGUUUUUUCCUGCAAAUAGCGUAAGUGCACAAGGCGAUUCAUUUGAUCCUUCGAAUUUUGGAAUAGGAAGACAACAAGAAAAUGCUUUGGGUCAAGAUGUUGGAAUAGUUCAAAGAGAACCUGCCGAUAUGUUAUCGAAUGCAAAUUCCGAUGGAUUUGGACCAAGUAAUGCAUUGGGAACGUUUACACAGAUGAUGACACCAGAGAGAAAUGAUUUAAAUAUGUCGAGUAGGACCUUUACUGAAUGGAGUCGAAUAUCCAACAACCCACAAGAAGAUGCAGAGUGGAGUAGCACCGGUUCCUCAUCGUCAACUGGAACUCAAUUACCAUCACAAACUCUCGGAACAUCGAACACAGCUGGAACUAAUGCACAGAGUUCAAAUGAUCUAUGGUCUGGAAUGCCAGAUAUAAGCUCGUUUGGAAUGACACAAGGCACGUCAGACCAGUCUGGAAUGACUUCAGGUAUGAAUGGUCUGUCUGGAGCGACACAAGGAGGUGCGGCCGGUAUGUCAACCAAUGGUUUUGGAGGAAACAACCCAAUGAAUGGAAUGUUUUUACCUCCAAUGAUGUCUGGGGGUAUGGGUGGAAUGCCACCUGGAGGAAUGGGCGGUAUGGGAGGAAUGCCGCUUGGUGGCAUGGGCGGUAUGGGUGGAAUGCCACCUGGAGGAAUGGGCGGUAUGGGUGGAAUGCCACCAGGAGGUAUGGGCGGUAUGGGUGGAAUGAUGCCGGGAGGUUUUGGAGGGAUGCCACCUGGAAUGAAUGGCUUUGGUAUGGGACAACAAGGAAAUGGAGCUUCAACAACUGGUUCGACAACAGGAACAACCGGAGCAAGUUCAGCCUCAUCGGGAACUAAUGGAGGCACUGCUGGUUCCGGUGGGAUGAUGCCUGGUUUAGGGGGUCUCGGUGGAAUGUUUUCUCCAAUGAUGCAGGGAAUGGGAUCAAAUCCAGGCGCAGGAAUGUCAUUUGGUUCACAGGGAGGAAAUCCAUUCGGUUCACAGGGAGGAGAUCCAUUCGGCUCACAGGGAGCAAACCCAUUUGGUACACAGGGAGCAAACCCAUUUGGUACACAAGGAAUGCAAUUCGGUACACAGGGCGCUGGUUCUACAACGGGAAGAAACGGCGCAGCUUCAACAGCACAGACCACAGGAAACGGAGCCAAUCAAGGUUAGAUGGAAGUGACGUAUUUGGUUGUUGUGGGAAACAUUAAUAAAGACGGAAUCUUAACAUCAUUGAUCUGAUAUACAAUAUGAACUUGCAUUUCAAAAUGCUCAUUAUAUAUAAGAAAACAAAAUCAAUAAGUGACAAUUAUACUAUGUGGGAUAUGAUAUUUAUAUCUAUACAAUAAUGUGAUUUAAAUCCAUACUAUACAUGCUAACUUGCAUUUAAUCUAAAUGGUUAGAUUGGAUGCUUGUUUGUCAUGCUUGAAAGUGGAAAAUUGUCGAACAAAGAUGUCUUGGUAUGCUUUGAAAUGGAAAACCGAAAUAAAUAGCUCUUCUUAUUUAAGGAAUAUUAAAGAAAUAGAUGUAGAGCAAAAGGAUAUGUAUGACACCUUUAAUGUUAGAGAUACUUUUAGUAUCAAACCAAUAACUGUUUAUUUGUCAGGUGCUUUUGGAAAAAUUAUUCAUGUAAAAUGAAACAAUUAUUAACGAUGAGAAAUUUUAGAGUAGACUUUACAUUUAGCAUAUUAUUAUUAGUUGUUGUGUAUUGUAUACGAAAGGGUAAUAAAAAAUUUAUAGAUACA